CAAGAUUCAAGAUGAUGAGAAUAAUAAUUAUAUUUAUCUCAAACAAAUUAUCUUAUUAUAUUUAUCCCAAAAAAAAAAUCGUAAGUGCCAAAGUUCAUCUUCCGAUUUUAGCCCUGUCGUGCUCAGCCCCAAGUCCUAUCCACUUUUUUCUUUCAACUCGCAACCAAUUGGCUUUUCUCACUCUCACAGACUCAGUCCCAUUCGCCAUCUCUCACAUCUUUCCACACAUCUGACUGUGUAUCUGCUGAAAAUCAGGAGAGCUUUCCUCUACUGAAGCUGAGCAAAAAGAUGAGCAGAUUCAGGAGAUUCGAGAUCGUCGAGCACUCCCCUUUGCACUACCUCCAGCAAACUUCCCUUCUCAGGCAUGCAAGAACCCUAGCGCUGAACCCCUUCUUCCCCUCAUUCCCCAGUGUUGAGGACGAGCUCGACCUCCUGACCCUCGCCCCAGCUCCUCCCUCUUUGUUCGAUGAAUUUGACACCAUCACCGAUCUGAUCCAGAUCGACGAAACCCCGUUCCGCUCGUCCACGCGCCACCUCACGCGCCGAGUGGGGUUGGGGGAUCUGUACCUGCAGUCGCUCAGCGACCGCGUCUCGGCUCUGGAGCUGGAGCUGGGGCUUGGCCGGCUCGCGAGGGAGGAGAAAAACGUGAAGAAAAAGUACACAUGGACGGCGGAGGUGAAGAGCCCGGAGAAUGACCGGAAGUAUCAGUGGACGGCUGAGGUCAAGGGCGAGAAGGAAGGGGCGGAGAAGAGCUACAAAUUGACGGCUGAGAUCCAGAGGAAGGGAAGCUCCCGGAGCUUGCCAGUCGAGCAAAAGUACACUAUUAAGGUGUCCAGCGGCGGAAGCAGCAGUGAUUCGGAAGAGAAGGUGAAGAAGGAGAAGAAGAAGAAUAAGAAGUGUGAGAAGGUCAAGGAGAAGAGCACGAAAGGCUCCGGUGCCCGCAUUGUUGAGAUUGAAGAACCAGCCGAUCAUGGGGGGAUUGUUUUGAGGCAGGUUUUUGCCAAGAGAGUGGAUAAAAGUAGGGGUAAGAGGAAGGAGCUGUCUCCACUUGAAGCUGCGGCUCUGAUUCAGAAGAAAUUCCGGGCUUAUCUCAUCCAGAGGUCUCAGGCCCUUCGUGCACUUCGUGAGCUGGCCAUUGCUAAGACCAAGCUGAAGGAGAUUAGAGUUUUGUUCAACAACUUCUCCUACCGCCGUCGUCUGGCCCGUGAUGCUGAAGAACGCCAGAGAUUCUCUGAGAAGAUCAUUGUGUUGCUUCUGACUGUUGAUGCCAUUGAGGGUGCUGAUAUGAUGGUUCGAGCUGCAAAGAAGCCAAUGGUGGAUGAGCUGGAAGCAAUGCUGGAUGUGGUGGACCCACAGCCUCGUGGCAAAUCCCUGUCCAUGCGGAGGAGAACUUUCGACAUGCCUGAUAGUGCAAUUAACAAGGAACUUGCUGCUGGUGUUGCCCAGGUAGUUCAGUUGCUGGAUAAUGAGGCAGACUCUUCUGAGACUUUUGAAGCAUGCUUAUGAACUUAGGUUCGGAAGUUUUCGGCCCAUCUUUCACUUUUGAGGUUCUUCCUUUUUUAUGCCCUUGUUUUAGGACUGUGUACUAUCUUUCCCUGUUUGAUUUACUUCUGUUUGCUGAGCAGCUUCUGGGAUAUGUAUUCUGAAGUUUGAAGAGUUUGUUGGUUCAUCGUGCUUUUACUUAUUGUUUGUUGUCUCUUAUGGUGAACAAACAAGAAAGUGGUUUGACUUUCAAAUUUUAUCUUAAGCUUGAGUUUGAAUGUUUCAUUAUGUUGUUUUAUGGGUUUUUCAUUGUGGAUGACAAUUAUUGGUUGCUUUUGUUCUGUUUACUUUGGAGCAAUCCUUGGUUGCUUGUUCUGUUU